AUAUACAUACCCGUGCAAAAAAAAUAAGAGACUCAUACCAUAUAUAAAAAAUACUCAGUAAUCAUGAAAAUGAUUCAAUGCGCCGGCUGUGACCUACCGAUUCUGGACCGUUUCCUACUAAACGUAUUGGACAGGUCGUGGCAUACUAAGUGUGUUACCUGUUAUGAAUGCAAACAAACAUUGCAGGAAAAAUGUUUUUCUAGAGACGGCCGACUGUAUUGUCGAAACGAUUUUUUCAAAUUGUUUGGUACAAAAUGUUCGGGUUGUCUACAGGGCAUACUGCCCACCGAUCUGGUUAGGAGGGCCCGCCAAAAAGUUUUCCAUCUAAAAUGUUUUACUUGUUUGGUAUGCCGUAAACAACUGUCCACUGGCGAGGAACUGUAUAUACUGGACGAAAAUAAGUUUGUCUGCAAAGAUGAUUAUAAAACUAGUAGACAUAAUCAAGUCCUAACCGGUGGGUCGUCACCCGUUGAUCCCGACUUAGAAGAUAGUAUAGUUAGUCCGCCCGAACUAGACAUUGGCGGCGGCGGCGGCCAUCAUCAUCACGGAGGACCCGACUCGGAUCACGAUGACGAUACUAUGCUAGGCCUUGGCGGCCUACCAUCCCUGGGCAGCAUAGGUCGCCGCGACGGUAGCGGUUCGGUUGGUGGCGGCCAUCAUUCAACGGUAAUGUCCGGAUCGCCACUAUCCGCCUCGAGUUCAAUGUCCGAUUCGGGUAUAUCGGGACCGAACGGUACCAACGGUGGCGGUACCGAACCGACAUCGCCCAGUCAUGCGUCGGCGUCGAACAGUGCCGGCAACGAUGAAAACCAACCGGGCGGUACCAAACGCCGCGGCCCACGAACGACCAUCAAAGCCAAACAAUUGGAAACCUUGAAGUCGGCAUUCGCUGCCACACCGAAACCGACCCGUCAUAUCAGGGAACAGUUGGCCCAAGAAACUGGACUAAACAUGCGAGUCAUUCAGGUAUGGUUUCAAAACCGCCGGAGCAAAGAGCGCCGUAUGAAACAGCUGAGCACAAUGGGUGCCCGGCGACACUUUUUCCGCAGUCCCCGUCGGGCAAUGCGACCGCUGAGGCCAGGGUUGUCGCCCGACGGACUGGAAGAUUCACCCGAAAUGAUGGGCGGACCUAACAAUGGUUUCGGUUAUUUUUCAGACUCGAGUAAUCCGAGCGAAUUUCAAUACGGCAUUCCUCAGCAGCCGCAUACCGGGCCCAUGGAUCAGGGUUUCUACGAUUUUUUCCCCCGCCAACAAGGUCCCCCGGCCCAUGCACCCGACGGUCUGGUACCGGCAUUUAUGGGCGACCCCACACAUCUCGGCCAUCCGCAGGCGCUGACAGCCGACGGUGCGCCGCAAUUCCUACAUACAGGUGUCGUCGGCGGCGCCGACAACCAAACUGUACCGACCGGCGGACAUACCGCUCAAAUGAUUACACAACAACACCAACAACAACAACAACAGCACACACCGGGGAUGGCCUCUAAUAAUAUUGACGGCGCUCUUCACUAUUGA